UUUUGUCACAAAUUACAUCUUAUUUUUUCUCUGUCCAGCAAAAUCCAAACGACGAAAUGCUCAAAAAGUAAUUAAAUACGUAUUUUAAAUACAGUUGAAAUACUGCCCAUCUCUGCGCGCGCGCGCGCGCGCGCACCACUGGCAAUACUGCCCCCCGAACUCGCUACAAUAACGACAACAGCCUACAAUCAUUUAACACGACAACGGCACAAAAGUGCUUCUUUGCUGGCAGACGUCUAACGUACUUGUACGAUACACGUUAAGUAUAUCAAAUAUUCACAGCGCGGGAAUAUUUCAGUCGUUUCAUGUGGCGUUUAUUCCAGCGCGCUUCACGUUUCCUGCCACCAAAGCGGUCUCCAAUCAGACACUGGUGUGGCUCUGCAGACGCGGCAGCGGACGUCCGCGGUCACCCGGUGUACAGCACCGCCGAGGGGCGCACUGGGCCGCGCCGGUUGCGCGCUUGUACCGCAGCUUGAGCGCCGCCGCGAUGGGCUUGUCGCGUAAAGAGGUUGCUGUCGUGUUAAAUGCUGCCUGACUCGUGUUCUACAGAAUAGGACAUUUGACGGGUUGACUGUUCCCCCCCCCCGGCGCGCGGCUUAGAAUAGGGUCGGAUGCGUGCGUAACCGCGUGCGCAACCCCCCCCCCCUUCCUCCCCUAGGGCCACUGACUACAUUUGGUCUGACAUCAUUUCGAGUCCUUUGGGUUUUCCGCAGAAGCCAAAGCGGAGAGGGCAUCAUAGUCCUUCGUCGCUGCCGGGUGUAGGACGCUUUCUGCGAGGACGCUGCCCAGUACACGCGCGUCUUCGUCGGAGGGGCGAAGCGCAGUUCUUAUGGACAACGAGUCUACGGAUUACUUGAGAUGUCACGACAGAGCCACCGUGGAGUCCGGGGAGCCCACCAUGUCCGCCGUCAUGUUCUCCGUCGCCUUGGCGGGGAACAUCAUCGCGCUGCUGCUGCUGGUGGCGCGGCGCCGCAGGAAAGGUCCCUCUCUCUUCCAGGUGCUGGUGACGGCGCUCAUCGUGACGGAUUUGCUGGGCACCAUAGCCGUCAGCCCAGUCGUGCUGGCCUCUUACGCGACGAACCAGACGCUGGUGGGGAUGAGCUCCGGCAGGGAGGUCUGCGCCUACUUCAGCUUCAGCAUGACGUUUCUGAGCCUCUCCACGCUCGCCAUCCUGUGCGCCAUGGCGCUGGAGCGGUACUUCUCCAUAGGACACCCCUAUUUCUACGAGAGACACUUCAGCGAACGCUGCGGCUACGUCACCGUGGCGCUCAUUUACCUGACCUGCAUCCCCUUCUGCGCCACUCCGUUCGUGGGCUUCGGCUCCUACGAGCAGUAUUGCCCCGGCACGUGGUGCUUCCUCGACAUGAGCCCGUCGAAUCCGGCAAACAAGGUGUACACUGGGAUGUACGCCUCUUUGGCUCUGGUUAUGAUUGUAUGCACGGCAACGUGCAACGUGUCCGUCAUUUAUCACCUGGCUAAGAUGCACCGGAGGGGCAAGAUACACCGCACCGGAGCCCCGCACCGGCCAUUCCGAGUCCACCUGCGGUCCCUGUCCAUGACGGAGGAAGUGGAGCAUCUCCUGCAGCUGGUCCUCAUGACGCUGGCAUUCACUGUUUGCUCCUUUCCCUUAGUGCUCCAGGUGUACAUAAACUUCACCGGUCAGACGAAGGAUAGCCACCUCAUGGACCUCAACGCCCUCCGCAUGCUGUCGUUCAACUCCAUCAUCGACCCCUGGGUGCUCAUCAUCCCCAGGUCCUCCGUGCUGGAGUUCCUUUGGAGGAAGCUGCGCGGGCCCAGAAGGCCCAAGGUCGGCCGGGACAAGCCCUUCGCUGCCCAGCUAACGCCGCGGGCGGACCGCUCUGCCCUGGCGAGCCAGUAAAACAGGGAGGUGCCAGGGGACGAGGGGAAGGUGUGGACGGAUACCGGGUUCUUAAAUCGGACCCAACGUGUUUGGUUCUCGGAGGAUUCUGACCGACAUUUGAUUGACACCGGGUAACUUUCCCCCCCCCCCCUACUUUAACGUGUCAUAAUUACAUCCAUUUUGGUGCCGUAGUUCGGUGGUUGUGGGAACCGUCACUGUUCGGCCUCGUCCUCACUCUGUGUUUUGACCACAGGCUGUGUAAAAACCAGGACUGCGACGUUACCCGCUGCUUUCCGAAGGGGCCAUUUUGAGGCCUAAAGUUUGGCUUUACACUUGCCGCCAUCUUGUCAGUUGUUGGCGCCAGAAAAUCCAAAUUCGGGCGGAGCCUGCGACGGGACCUCGGUGGCAGACAGGUCGACGGACCUGUCGGUCAAGUCAGAAACGCCCUCAACAGCCAUCCAUCCAUCCGUUAUCCAAACCUCUUAUCCCGCUCUCAGGGUUGCCGGGAUCUUAUCCCAGCAGUCACUGGGCGGCAGGCGGGGAGACACACCCUGGACAGGCCACCAGGACAUACUACUUUUCAGAUCCUUAGCAUCUUCUGAAUGAAACCAUCAUUUUCCAAAAAUAGCCACCCUCGUACUGUGUGCCGGACGCCGAAUUAACAAUCCAGACCCGGACUUCUUGUAGAAAACCAUGUAAUAACUUGGCUUUUGAGGGUAGAACUUGUGAACUCUGUGAUCGACGUACACUGGAACGGAGGUUUUGUGGAGGCAGCCACCGAAUGGCCAUGGUUAGGGGCUUUCACUUUGGCUUCAACAUCCGGCCCUGGUGGUUGCCUCUUGGUUCUGACACCAGACAGGCAGUUGGCUGACUUACCCCGUCAGUGGACAAAGCUUCUCUUCUUAACCAAUGUCUUUUGAGCCAUGGCUUGUAAAUAAUUGCACGUACGGUUGAAACUAUUUAUAAAUCACAGGUAUGGUGGCCAAGUCAAGUCAAGUCGAUUUUGUUUGUGUAGCCCAAUAUCCCAAAUGACAAAUGUGCCUCAGGGGGCUUUACACAACAUCCUGUCCUUGGACCCUCUCGUCGGAUAAGGAGCAGCUCCCUAAAAAACCCUUUAACAGGGAGAAUCCUCGGGGAGAGCAACAGAGGAGGGGUCUCUCUCUCCCGAGACGGACAACGUGCAAUGGAUGUUGUGUUUACACAAUUUACACAACACAACACUGAAAGAGGAUAACAGAAUUAUAAUGGAAUUAUAAAAUAUAUGAAGAAUAUGGCGAGGAGGAUGCCAAGCAGCGUCCAGACGCCACCGGAACAGCCCAGGACCCCAGCCACACCACCAGCAUCACCAUGUAAAAAACCCACUCAUACUGAUCAGAAGUUGGCAGGCAAAGUCAAUUCCUAUAAUAACGCUGUUUAAAUAAUCCGGUCCUUGUGAUAGAACAGUCAUAAAGUGAACAUUUGGUUUUUUUUUUAUAUAUACAUUGUGAAUUUAAAAAAGACUAUUUUAAAACCAAGGAACAGAAAUCUUGGAAAUCCAAUGUUGAAAUGUAUGAUUCC